ACUGUGAAUAAGUGAAAGGGGAUGAGUAGUAUUUAAACCGGCAUAUUUCUCCCAAGUACCAUCAGUGCACACUCGUCGUUUCCGAAGGUUUGGCUUUCGCACAUCACAUUGAUUUAAGGGGUUUAUUAUCUUUAAUGGCGAAUUUGGGUUGUCCAAAGAAGAUCUUGAUGUUAUGUGGUGAUUACAUGGAAGACCUUGAGGCGAUAGUUCCAUUUCAGGCAUUGCAAGCCUAUGGAUUGUCCGUUGAUGCUGUUUGUCCUGAUAAAAAAUGCGGUGAUAUUUGUCGUACAGUACUUUAUCGUGUAUCUCCUCAUCAGACAUUUUCAGAGGACCGAGGUCACAACUUCACUCUAAAUGCAACGUUUGAUAAGAUUGAUGUAUGUUCAUAUGAUGGGUUAGUUAUACCAGGAGCACGUGCUCCUGAAUAUCUUGCGACAUAUGAAUCUGUGGUAGAAAUUGCGAAACAUUUUGCAAGAACUGGAAAACCCAUUGCCUCCAUCUGUCAUGGAUCACUUAUCUUGGCAGCUGGUGGUGUUUUGAAAGGUCGAACACUUACAGCAUUUCCUACACUAGGACCCGUGCUUGUUACUGCUGGUGCUAAUUGGGUACAACCUGAGACAAUGGCAUCAUGUUUUGUUGAUGGAAAUUUAAUCACUGGAGCUUCUUACGAAGGGCAUGCUGAGUAUAUUGGUCAUUUCAUUAAGGCAUUAGGAGGAACUGUCACUGGUUUCAACAAACGGAUUCUAUUCCUCUGUGGGGAUUACAUGGAAGACUAUGAGAUAUAUGUUCCUUUUCAGUCCUUUCAAGCUCUUGGAUGCCAUGUAGAUUCCAUUUCCUCCAAAAUUAAAAAGGGUGAUAGGUGCUAUACGGCUAUCCAUGAAUUUGAAGGGGACCAGAAUUUCAGUGAAAAAAAUGGACAUGAAUUCAAAAUAACAGCUACCUUUGAGGACAUAGAUGCUUCAAGUUAUGAUGGUCUUGUUAUCCCUGGAGGUCGAGGUCCUGAAUAUAUGGCACUAGAUCAAGAUGUUAUUAAACUGGUGAAAUACUUUAUGGAUGCUAGAAAACCUGUUGCAUCCAUCAGCUAUGGGCAACAAAUUUUGGCUGCUGCUGAUGUUCUUAAGUUUGUUCGUCUUUACACCUUGGUGGGCAACGACACCUUUGAGAGGGAAAGAAAUGUACGGCAUAUCCCGCUGCCAAACUUCAUGUGGUAUUGGCCGGUGCAACCUGGUUAGAACCUCAUUCAAUGCACCGUUGCUUUACUGAUGGAAAUCUAGUGACUGGAGUAGCCUGGCCAGGACACCCUCAGUUCAUCGCUCAAUUCAUGGAAGUGCUUGGUGUAAAGGUAUGUUUCUAGUGUGUAUCUACACCCACAAAAUGUCAUGCUUAAUGUUUGUUUAAUAAGUCAGAGUUAAUUACAUUUAUAGAAUAAAUCCGAUAUGAUGUGAUAUUUGAUGAUCUCCUUUCUUUUGAAGAUUUCCUAACGCAAUGUGUAUUGUAAUGUAGCAAUUUUAUUUUAUUUUGUGAUAUCAUAUUUACUGUUUCGAAAGACUGCAAAAGUGACAAGCUAUUCUUAGUAUUCUACCAUGAAUUGUGUGCCAAAUUCAAAAUACAACAAAAUCAUUUUUUUAAAUAUGAAAACUUUUUGAAGUCAAUGUGCCUUCCAACGAGAAACUCCUUUGCAAUUUGAAUAUAGAAUAUGAUUUCCAAAAUUUAACAGUCCACAUAUAAAAUGGUGACGGUUAUAUCGUAUCAAGUGGAUCAAAAAAAUAUAAAAAUAAAGUUUCAAUGCAAACAAUUAUAUAUGAAAGAGGCAAACGAAAUAAGGUUUGAAAAUGUAUCUUGCUUGAAUACACAUAAAUUUUGUGAGCUAAUACAACAAUAAAUACCGUAUAAUUUUAAAACGUAAAUUAGAAACAUUGAAUACUAUAAUUGAAUAAAAAGUAAUACUAAAAAAUGAAAACUAUAAAAUAAAUUAUGUAAGAUACCAAAAAAUUAAUUUUAAUAUAUCGUAAGAGACCAAAAUCGCAACUUAUUAAAUACUAAUACUUUAACUUUAAAAUUAUGAAUUAUGAAAUCAGUUUGAUCAAAAUUUCUUGAGAGGAAAAAUGUAAAUGUGAAAAUUUGUUAUGACCAGAGUCUAAAUCUUUAUUUUCAGAGAUAUUCUUAGGGACUGACAACAUCUGAAUUUUUAAAAGGUCUGAAUUUUUAAGAGGGUCUGAAACUUUAAGUUCUGAAUUUUUAACACACUGUUUUGUUGGAACAUCUGAAUGCUGAAUUAUAAAAUGACCAUUUUACCCUUCAGUGUUAUUUUUUGUUGAAACCAAUGUUUCUGUUUAUAAAAUAACCGAACCAACUUCGCGAAUAUUUAUAAAAAAAAGUAUAAACACAAUACAAAAUUCAAAUUUAAAAAAAAUCAAAUCAAAUCAAACAAUGCUCUAAUAUAAAGAGGUAAAAGUAUGAUGCUAUAAUAAAUAAAUCAAUAAAAGUACAUUGCUGUUUUUUGUAUUUAACCCUUAUAAAAACAUUUUUACAAUAGCUAUGAAAACAACCUGAACUCUAUGGUUAUAUGGAUCACAUUACAUGUAUACAACCCAAUUCAUACAAAUAUAAUCUUAUAUAUAUUUUAAGAAGAAAAUCCUCACAAUUUGAAGCUUAAUGGUUUUUCCACCUUAUUCCACAAUGCGAAUUUUCUGCAUAGUGGAUGAGAAUUUAACAUCUUCAUCAUACAAAAGCAAAAAUGGAUACAAGAAACACAGAUGCCAAAGUUCCAAUUGCUCAAGGUCAAAAAUCAAUGCCUAAAGUUCCAAUUGCUCAAAUGAGAGACAAAAAUGAACAAUUUUGACAAAAAAAAGUUAACAGCCUUCAUCCACCAUCAUCUUAACCAUCAAAAAUCACACAAUGCUCUAAAUCAAUAACCAAUUUGGAAACUAUACAUCAGUUUAGGAUAAUAACAAUCAUUAUUAUACCAUGUAACAAGAAAUCAGUAACUAAUUUGGAAAGAAGCUAUGUUUCACCACCGAUUCAAAACAUCACAACAUUACGGAAAACCCAAAAUAUGAACAUUUAAAAACUUAUAAUAUUAAAUUGAUUUUUGAUUUCAAAUCAUGAAAAAAAUUUGAUUUCACGAAUGAGGAGUGAUUUUAGCAACUUCGUACCUGACCAAUAAAGGAGAUCGGAGAUCGGAGACCAGUGUUGGCAAGGGCGGUGCUUUCGAGGGUGGAACUGGCGAUGUCAGAGCUUGGCAUCGGAGGUCAUAGUUCUGUGGUGGGAGUCAAUUUCAUGGAGGUAGGAGUGAUAUCAGAAGUUGUGUAAAACAUAUGGAUGUACGAUGUCGAUGAUGGGGCGGUGGUGUUGUGCGAGUCAACGAUGAGAGGAGAUGGUCGACGAUAGAAUGAGGUGUUCGGUGAUGGGAGGAAGUAGAUGGCAUUGGAGUUGGUCAGAGGUGGGAGGAGACAAAAAAGAAAA